AGCGUUGGCUCUACAGGAGGGCGGCUGAAUGAGUGGUUUUCAGACAAGAAGGAAAGGCUGAUGCAUCUUAAAACCAAACAAAGAGAAUUCCAAAAACAUGUUUUGAAGGCCAUGGAAGGAAUGAUCAGCUGGUGAGUUGUUCAAAGUAGAUGGAAAAUAAUGUCUUGCAAGAUGAGGAUUGAGCAGCUGAAACAGACCAUUUGCAAAGAAAAUGAUGAAAUGACAAGACAUGCGGAGGGGCUUCUGAGAAUUAAAGAGGAGAACCAGAAGCAUUAUCGCAGGGCUCAGCGGCAUCAGGAGAAGAAAGAGAAGAUCCAGAGGCAUAACCGCAAGCUGGGAGACUUGGUAGAGAAAAAAACCUAUGACUUGAAAACCCAGUACGAGCAUCUGGCAAAUCUUCGUCGGACGCAUAUCCUGGAGCUAACAUCAGUCAUAUUUCCCAUUGAAGAAGUAAAGACAAGCAUGAGAGAUCCUGCAGAUGUGUCUUCUGAGAGUGACAAUGCUAUGACCUCUAGCACUGUGAGCAAGCUCGCGGAAGCCAGGAGAACCACGUAUCUCUCUGGGAGAUGGGUGUGUGAUGAUCAUAAUGGGGACACCAGCAUCAGUAUCACAGGGCCUUGGAUAACCCUUCCUAAUAAUGGAGACUAUUCAGCAUAUUACAAUUGGGUGGAAGAGAAGAAGACUACACAAGGACCAGAUAUGGAACAUAAUAACCCUGCUUAUACCAUCAGUGCUGCAUUGUGCUAUGCAACUCAGCUUGUUAACACUUUGUCUCUCAUACUUGAUGUAAAUCUUCCCAAGAAGCUCUGCAACAGUGAGUUCUGUGGAGAGAAUCUCAGCAGGCACAGGUUUACGCGGGCCGUGAAGAAGCUGAAUGCUAACAUCCUUCACCUUUGCUUCUCUCAGCAUGUAAAUUUAGAUCUGUUGCACCCACUGCAUACGCUCAGGAACCUUAUGUACCUGGUCAGCCCAGACACUGAGAACUUGGGCAGGUCUGGCCCUUUCGAAAUUAGUGCCGAUCUCGAAGACUCCAUGGAGUUCGUGGAUCCCAGUGCCACUGGCGAAACAGAUGAGAGCGGAGAUGAGCACGUCAGCGAUGAAGAGACAGAUCUAGGGACAGACUGGGAGAAUCUGCCGAGUCCCAGGUUCUGCGAUAUCCCCUCUCAGCAGGUGGAGAUGCUGCAGAGCCAGAGCACGCAGGUAUCUCAGCCCAUUGCCAGCAGCAGCGCUGGUGGAAUGAUCUCGUCCGCUGCUGCCUCGGUUACCUCGUGGUUGAAAGCAUACACUGGACAUCGCUAA